UCCUCCGGCUCGCGCGCCGCCCGUGGGCCCCUCUCCCUCGCAGGCGCCCCGGCUCCGCCGAUGGCCAGUCCCCCACACGUGCCUGUGGGCUUCGGCGGCUCGGGCACGGGCGCGUGUCCAGCGCGGCUCCAGAAAGUGACCCUGACCCGGUCCGGAGGGGCUCCGGGCGGCGGAAGCACGGACCCCUGCCCCGGCUGCGUCCCCGCAUCCUCCUGACCUGGACGUGGGCCCCGCGGCCGCCCACGCGGCCCCUCGGGAAUUCCUCCGGGAACCCCCGUUCCGCGCCGCCCACGGACCCCUGGCCUGACGCGAGGGGCUCGGUGGCGGCCCCGGAAGAGGCUCUGGACCCUCGGGCGCGCCGCACGCGGACGCCUGGGCAGCGAACACGUUUCUCGGAAAGGACAGCGUUUAGGAGAAGGAUGUGUGACCGGAAUGGUGGCCGGCGCCUGCGGCAGUGGCUGAUCGAGCAAAUCGACAGCAACAUGUACCCGGGCCUGAUCUGGGAAAGCGACGAGAAGAGCAUGUUCCGAAUCCCGUGGAAGCAUGCCGGCAAGCAGGACUACAACCAGGAAGUGGAUGCUUCCAUCUUCAAGGCUUGGGCGGUCUUCAAAGGGAAGUUUAAAGAGGGGGACAAGGCCGAGCCAGCCACCUGGAAGACGAGGCUGCGCUGCGCCCUGAACAAGAGCCCGGAUUUUGAGGAAGUGACCGACCGAUCCCAGUUGGACAUCUCCGAGCCGUACAAGGUUUACCGAAUUGUCCCCGAGGAGGAGCAAAAAUGCAAACUCGGCGCGGCACCUCCUGGAUGUGUGGGCGAGGUCACGGAGAUGGAAUGCAGCCGCUCGGAAAUCUCGGAGCUCAUCAAGGAGCCGACUGUGGAGGACUACAUGGGCAUGAUCAAGAGGAGCCCUUCGCCCCCAGAGGCCUGCAGGAGCCAGCUGCUCCCAGACUGGUGGGCACAGCAGCCUAGCGCAGGCUUGCCGCUGAUGACCAGCUAUGCCGCCUAUGAUACACACCACUCAGCCUACUCCCAGAUGGUGAUCAGCUUCUACUAUGGGGGAAAGCUUGUGGGUCAGACCACCACCACCUGCCUCGAGGGCUGCCGCCUGUCGCUGGGCCAGCCGGGGCUGCCCAGCACCAAGCUGUACAGGUCUGAGGGCCUAGAGCUGGUGUGCUUCCCAUCGGCUGACUCCAUCCCCAGCGAGCGGCAGCGGCAGGUGACACGGAAGCUGUUCGGGCACCUGGAGCGUGGGGUGCUGCUGCACAGCAGCCGGCAGGGCGUGUUCGUCAAGCGCCUGUGCCAGGGCCGCGUGUUCUGCAGUGGCAACGCCGUGGUGUGCAAGGGCAGGCCCAACAAGCUGGAACGUGAUGAGGUGGUGCAGGUCUUCGACACCAGCCAGUUCUUCCGAGAGCUACAGCAGUUCUACCACAGCCAGAACCGGCUCCCUGACAGCAGGGUGGUGCUGUGCUUCGGGGAGGAGUUCCCGGAUACUGCCCCACUGCGCUCAAAGCUCAUCCUGGUGCAGGUCGAGCAGCUCUAUGUGCGGCAGCUGAUGGAGGAGGCUGGGAAGAGCUGCAGUGCCAGCUCCGUGAUGCACACUUCCGAGGACCCCCAGCCCGACCAGGCCUUCCGGAUGUUUCCAGAAAUCUGCACCCCACAUCAGAGAGCCUUUUUCAGAGAAAACCAGCAGAUCACCGUCUAAGAGCCUGCUGGGGCCCCUUCCCCCACGCCAGCUGU